AGCGGAUAGCAGUCGGUCGGUUGAAAUUAAUUUAUUAUUAUUUUUUUUUUUCAGAAAAGUAACCUGAGUACAUGCUGAAAAUGAGGUCAGCAGCAAUAAUCACAGUGUGCCAAAUAUUAUUUUCGUAUGAAGCCCUAGGAAGCACCGUUUUCAUAGCCGACUUUGGCAUGUCGAAAAUGAUUGAACUUAGCACCAAACCGCCAUACUGUGUCGUCCAACUCGAUAGGGGUAAAAUAAGAGAUAUGCUCCUAACGUCUGAUCCACGACGAGUGAGGCAAAUGUCCGAUGAUUCUAUUGCUAAACUGGAAAAAGUAUGUAAAAAUAACCAGGUCCAGUCUCCUCACCAGGGAGGUUUCAUAUACCCUGGUACGAAAUGGUGCGGACCAGGCAACAUCGCAAAUAACUAUUCCGACUUGGGUUACCACGUAAAGGAAGAUAUGUGUUGUAGAGAGCACGAUAAUUGUCCGAAAUCUCUGUCUAAUGGGAAAUGCAUCCAAAGGAUAUGCAAUAAUUCUCCAUUUACUAGAUCUCACUGCGACUGCGAUGCAGCUUUUCGGAGAUGUCUGCAAAAUGUCAACACCGAAACUGCUAAUACUAUCGGUGCCAUAUUUUUCAAUGUGGUGCAAGUUAUUUGCUUUAAGGAGAGAACACCCUGUACACAGUGGCAGAGUACUUUCGAAGGAAAUAAUUCGAUAUCGUCUGUAUAUUCCGAGAGUUUUGAAGAGCAAUGCGACUAUCGGUUCACAAAGUCACAGCGGUAUAUUGCCAGUGAAGUUCGAAGUUUUAACUUGAUGAAUAAAAAGGAAUUUUUCAUUAAUAUUCUUCUGAGGAAGUUUCGUUUGCUGUGA